CUUGAGUAAUUGUCACUGUACGGGAAAAGGGGGUGCACGGUCAGUCCCGGCAAGACCAUGGAUCUGUCCGGGAGCUGCCGCCUGCUCCUCCUGCUGCAAGCGCUUCUCAUCGCCUCCGCUCAGAGGGGCCCGGUGGGUCCAAGAGGCCCCCCGGGACCACCCGGAAUCGCCGGCGUACCCGGCGUGGACGGCAUCGAUGGCGAGAGAGGAGUGGACUCCACAGUCAACGGCGGACCGGGUCCUGCCGGGGAAAACGGCAAAGACGGAGCUGGCGGGGCUGCGGGACUUCCGGGAGCAGACGGACCCGUGGGGCCUCCCGGAGAUCGAGGCCUAGCGGGCGUAAAAGGAGCAAAAGGGGAUCCCGGACCACCGGGCCCAGCCGGUGAGCCGGGCGUGGGACCAGGCGGCUUGGAUGGCAUCCCGGGGACCGACGGCCUCCCAGGAGAAAUGGGCAAAGCGGGCGCCCCUGGAGCCAGAGGCACGAGGGGGCAAGUGGGCGCUACGGGAGCCGCGGGACCUCGGGGUCCGCCGGGAGUUUAUCGGGGCCAAGAACUGUGCCCUAGUGCUUGUCCAGCUGGACUGUCAGGACACUCUGGACUGCCUGGCAUGAAAGGUCACAAGGGUGUGAAGGGUGAGUCCGGAGAGCCCGGUCGACAAGGACACAAGGGAGAGGAGGGUGAACAAGGGGCACAGGGAGACGUCGGAUCUCAAGGACUUCCGGGCCCGGCCGGAGCCAAGGGCCUGGCGGGAAUCACGGGCUCCAAAGGCGAACGGGGACCCCGAGGGAAGCCGGGGGACGCGGGACCUCAAGGCCAACGCGGAGCUCCGGGGGACUUUGGGCAGAGAGGAGCCAUCGGGGAGACCGGACCCAGCGGGGUGCAGGGUGACGGAGGCCCUUCCGGAAUCAGAGGACCGCCGGGACCAAAGGGAGAAGCUGGCCUUCCUGGUCCGGACGGGCGGGAAGGAAUCCCUGGACUUCCUGGUUCAAAGGGUCUUCCCGGCAAGAACGGAGCUCCGGGUGACGCCGGACUACAAGGUCUUCCCGGGGUUCCGGGUUCUUACGGCCAAAAAGGAACGAGCGGUCCUAAGGGCGCGACGGGUGAUCCGGGCGUGGCGGGACCGAUGGGCUCCCCGGGAAAGCAAGGCGAGCGCGGCGAACAGGGCGAGGCGGGACCCGUCGGACCCCGGGGAGGACCGGGCGAGCGAGGGGAAAGAGGACCGGGCGGACCCCCGGGAGCAUCGGGACCACGGGGAGGCAAAGGCGACGUGGGCCUUCCCGGACUGCCUGGGCCGGCUGGCUAUCGGGGUCUCAAGGGCCAAAGGGGUUCCGUGGGUCCGGAUGGUCCGAAAGGAGAGCAGGGACCCCCGGGGGCCGAGGGCACGCCGGGAUACCGCGGAGACCUGGGCGAUCAGGGCGAGCCCGGCGAAAAAGGGGCGACGGGUCCGCCGGGGGAGACGGGAAACAGAGGACCGGAAGGCGGGCGAGGGCAGCAAGGCAAGGAGGGCGAGCCGGGCCAGGCGGGACCGCGAGGCAUGCAGGGCGACAUGGGGGUGCCGGGGCUGCCCGGCGCCCAGGGACCCGCGGGCAAAUCGCCGACAGACACGCACAUCAAACAGGUCUGCAUGAGAGUCAUGCAGGAGCAGCUGGCCCAGCUGGCGGCCAGCCUCAGCAGACCCGAGUCGGGCGUCUCGGGGCUCCCCGGGCCGCCGGGCCCGCCGGGCCCCCCGGGCCCCAGCGGUGAAAACGGCUUCCCGGGUCACACCGGGUCCAGAGGGCUUCCCGGUCUCAAGGGGCCGCCCGGGCCGCUGGGCCGCAAAGGACCCAAAGGGGACCAAGGGGAGAGGGGGGCCCGGGGCCCCACCGCCCAUGGACCCAAAGGCAUUGCGGGCACUCCUGGUUUGCCAGGUAAGCCACAGCUGGGAGCACGGCAAACGCUGGGAAAUGAAUCCAUAUUUCGAUGUUGGCUUCUUUAGAUCAUCAAAGAAAAA